AUGAAGUCAGUCCUCCUGGAAUUUACAAAUCUUUCAGUUCUCACUUCAAAUCUGAAUAAGAGUGAAGUGUUUUUAGCAGGAGUUAGUGACGAAUUAGGAGCUCAGCUAAGCGCCAUUUUGGGGAUGCAGAGAGGCUCAUUUCCAGUUAGAUAUCUUGGCGUGCCCUUAAUCAGCACAAGGUUAUCUGUUUCUGAUUAUGCGCUGUUGAUUGAGAAGGUUCAGAAGAAGGUGAGAGGCUGGAAUUCAAAGCUAUUAACAUAUGCUGUUAGAUUGCAGCUUGUGGAGUCUGUUUUACUGAACUUACAGAUUUAUUGGAGUAGCACAUUCUUGAGGCUGUCCUCACUGCUUUCUUAUGGAAAGGGACUCCUACAGCUAAGGCAGGGAACAAAGCAACACCAAUUCCCAGUGAUUGCUCAUGGUACCGAAGGAACCUACUUCAACUCCGGUCAGCUGCUCGUCUCUACAUCAUUUCAACCAUUAGCAGUGGUGACUGGUGAGGACACAUUCCUAUGGCAUGAUAACUGGCAUGCUAGGGGCCCUCUCCUCAACUACUGUGGUCCAGAUAUUGUUAGGCAAUAUGGAAGCUCCCUACACGCGAAAGUAUCUUCUAUUAUCCAACAUGGAAUAUGGAUGCAGCCAACUGGGAGUAGGAGAACUGCUGCUGUAGUGGAUUUCAUACAGUACUUACCCCCUACUGAAUAUUUGGAUCCCUCCAAUAAAGAAUCAGUUAAAGUGGAUGGUUAG